GGCGGCGCCGGGGCCAUGGCGGCGGUGGACGUCCGAGAUAACCUCUUGGGAAUUUCCUGGGUCGACAGUGCCUGGAUUCCAAUCUUAAACAAUGGCAGUGUGUUGGACUACUUCUCGGAGCGCAGUAACCCAUUCUACGACCGAACUUGUAAUAAUGAAGUUGUCAAAAUGCAGCGGAUGACCUUGGACCACUUGAACCAGAUGGUUGGAGUGGAGUACAUCCUCCUUCACGCUCAAGAGCCCAUUCUCUUCAUUAUCCGAAAGCAGCAAAGACAAUCUCCAACACAAGUUAUUCCUUUGGCUGACUACUAUAUUAUUGCUGGAGUGAUUUAUCAGGCACCCGACUUAGGGUCUGUCAUUAACUCCAGAGUUCUCACUGCUGUACAUGGAAUUCAGUCUGCUUUUGAAGAAGCUAUGUCCUAUUGUCGCUAUCACCCAUCAAAAGGCUAUUGGUGGCAUUUCAAAGAUCAGGAGGAACGAGAGAAAGCUAAGCCAAAAGCCAAGAAGAAAGAAGAACCAAGUUCUAUUUUCCAAAGACACCGGGUAGAUGCUUUGCUUCUAGACCUGAGGCAAAAGUUUCCACCCAGAUUUGUUCAGCAAAAGCCUGGAGAAAAGCCUAUCCCAGUGGAUCAAAUAAAGAAGGAGCCAGAACCAGCCCCUGAAGCUGUCAAGACAGAGGAGAAAGAGACUGUAAAGAACGCUCAGCAGAGUGCUGCUGCUAAAGGACCACCUGAAAAACGGAUGAGACUUCAGUGAAAGGCGAAGUCGAUGCAUGUCUGGAUUAGUCAAUACCUGGAAAACAGCAGAUUCCAACUCCCUUUCUUCGUAUUUACGUUCUUCAACCGAGACUGUGACAUUUCAGGAAUUCAAGUCCCUGUAACAGCUUUUUCUGUAGAAAUCUGUUACAAAAAUGUUAAUGGCAGGAUGUGAGCUGCCUCAAGUAAGGUGUUCGCAGUUCUCAUCUUAUUUUGAAUAUUGGCUUCUGGGGAUGGUUUUUACAGAGAUGUAGAUUUCAGGAGGCUGCAAAAUACAACCCCCUGCAUCCUUGUGUCUUGGUUUGCUAUGUAAACAAACAAUUACAAAAAACACCCUUUAAAACAACAACAACAACAACCAACCCACCUCAUGUCUCGAGUAAUAAAAUCCUGGUUGCUAGAA